CGGAGCGAGGCGGGGCCGCACGGGCACGGCGGGGGCGCGCGCAGAGCUGGCGGCUCCGCUUGGGCCGGACGCAUCUCGCGCCCCCGGCGUAGGCGGCCGCAGGAGCGGGCGUCGAGGGCGUGGCUGCAAGGGUGCGGGUUGGUGCGGCUCUGAAGCCCGGCAGCAGCCCAGCCCGACGCCUCUCCCCGGGUCCCGCUGCUCCUCGCGGCGCUGCCCGGCUUGCCGCGGAGCCCCGUCGGGCCGCUCCGGCCUCUCCCCGGCCAGCCUUCCUGCAGCCGCCUAGCGCGCAGUAGAUGCCUGGUAGACAAAACCUGAGGAAGGGAAAAAGAGCCGCCUGUCGGGAGCCAUGCUGAGGGACACGGUGAAAUCCUGGAAUGACAGCCAGUCAGAUCUCUGCAGCAGUGAUCAAGAAGAGGAAGAAGAGAUGAUCUUUGGCGAGAACGAAGAUGACUUAGAAGAGAUGAUGGAUUUAAGUGAUUUGCCUACCUCACUUUUCGCUUGCAGUGUCCAUGAAGCAGUGUUUGAAGUGCAGGAGCAAAAGGAGAGAUUUGAAGCACUUUUCGCCAUCUAUGAUGACCAUGUCACAUUUCAGUUGUUUAAAAGCUUUAGAAGAGUCAGAAUAAACUUCAGCAAACCAGAAGCAGCAGCACGAGCACGGAUAGAACUCCACGAGACAGACUUCAAUGGGAAGAAGCUGAAGCUGUAUUUUGCACAGGUUCAGACUUCUGGUGAAGCACAGGACAAGUCCUACUUACUGCCACCCCAGCCGGCCAAACAGUUCCUCAUCUCCCCACCAGCCUCUCCACCAGUAGGCUGGAAGCAGGGCGAAGAUGCCACACCAGUUAUCAAUUAUGAUUUGCUCUGUGCUGUUUCCAAACUGGGGCCAGGAGAGAAAUACGAACUCCACGCAGGAACCGAGUCAACGCCCAGUGUGGUGGUUCACGUCUGUGAAAGUGAAACUGAGGAGGAAGAGGAAACCAAAGCCCCCAAACAGAAAAUCACCCAGACCAGGCGCCCGGAAGCUCCCAGCACAGCAGCGACGGAGCCCCCACCCCAGCCCUUCGAUUGCACCCUCUGAGGCCUCGGAGUGGGGGAGGCAGUUGCCUUCCUGGGCUUCAGUACCGGGGAUCCCACCCUCUGCUGAUGUCAACAUUGCUGCUAAUGUGUGGGUGCAGUGAGCAGGGAACGAAGCGCUCCCACUCUUGGGUGCCUGGUCAGAGGGUGGCCGCUGAUUGUACUUACAAUGGCAGCUGAUACUCGCAACAGCACUUUAAAGGAUCAGCCCCAGCACGUGGCAAAUCUUGACCAUUUCUAAACAAUAGCAGUUACUCCCCGGCCGUGCUCAUUCCUCUGAUCCUGUAUAGCAUGGAGUAGACCAAAACUGGAGUGAUCGUCAUUGAGUGCAGUACCAUUUUUAUGGAUUAAACAACAACAACAAAAAAGUAGUCUUAGAAUUUUAAUAAUCUAGUGUGGGUAUUUUUGUACUGGUGUGAUAGCUUCUCACUAAUCUAUGGAUCAGAAAUGAAUUGUUUUAUUCAGCAGACAUGAAAAAAAUUUUUUUUGCACAAGAGGAAGCCUGAAACAGGACAGUUCAUAGAAAAUCACUGUUCCUAAGUAUUCUCUAGUUUGGGGGAUAAAGUGCCAAAUGCACUUUGGAUACCAAAAUCACAGGCACCGAGCUUUGUGUUCUUCUGUGUUAGCUCUGCUUGGAACGGGGAGGACGGUGAUCCUCAGGCUGUUUCCUCCACUCCGUCCCUCCAGAGAAAAUACUGCUCCUUGCGAAGCAGACAGUCUCAUCAGUAAGCUUGACUCAUUUUGACCUCCGGUGGCUGCUGCCACAUGCCCUCUGUGACCAUGUUCUAGUCUGUAGUGCACCAAAUUGUCUCCAGUGCCUGCUGAGUUUGCCUGUCAAGCACUUCCUGUGUGUGAGUCUCAAGCUUGACAGUAGGAAAGAACAUGAUGAGGUUUUGGAGAUGACCCGCUUUUUAAGUUGUGCCCUUCAACAUGUUCUUGCUAGCUUUGAAGGAGAAGCUGCGGCCCUCCUAUUUCUGUGUUCAAGGCGGCAGUAGAGGUUAUUUUGUUAGCCAGGACUUCCUUUUUGGUGAAAUGUUUGACCCCAGCACACGGUUGCCAUUUUCCCCUAACAGAAUUGUUUGCUUGUAUUUCAGAAGCUUACAUUUGAACCUCCUGAACUAGAAGCUAGCAGCUCUUUAACUCUUUGUCAUAACUCUUUGUUGUCUGUUCAGACCUUGAAGUCCCCACCCAGGAAAGUUCAUAAUUCAGAAGGCUUCGCUUUUGGUCUGAGGCUCCACCAGUUCAGCUCACUGUGCUGAUUUUCUUUCUAAAGCAAAUGGAGGGCCUGCCUGCGAGGCCUACUGGGGAAGCACGUAGGAGUGUAGACGAAUGAACCAAGGUGGCUGCCCCUGUUAAAAUGUAAACUGUGACCCACACUGUCUGCAUAUUUUUGGUGACAUUACUGUAAAUAAGAUGUGCUUCUUAUGACGGAGUCUCUGCGCUCUGGCCCAGUGGCUGAGAGACAGUUGCUGUGUGCAUGAGUUCGAGCACAUACACAUUUUUCAGUUUGUGUCUGUUCAUCCCAGUGAAGCCUCCGUGUCACUCCAGAUGAAAUGUGUGAUUCCAUAAGCAAUGAAUUCAUUUCAGGCCAUUAGCACUUUGAUAGCCACUUCAUAAAUUGAUGCUAUAAUUCUAAAUUAAGCAUUUUGCCAGUUUUUACACUUACCUGGUUGCAGAGUAGACCCAGUAAGUUGGUAAGUGCAUGUAUUUUCAACAGUUGGGAAUAGUUUUAUUUACGUAUAUAUCCACUGUUACUUUCUAAGUGACCUAAGUCCAUAAUAUUUUAUUGUUUGAUUUCUACCUUUCAAGUAAAGGUACUCUGUUCUUGACUAUAAAACUUCAUUUAAUGUCAAACAAUACAAAGUAUCCCAAUUUUUAUUUUUCUCUGGUCCAUUUUUUAAAGAAUCACCUGUAUCACAUGUCGUCCCAUUGCUCAUCGAUUUGCUCAAGCGGCGCCAGUAAUGUCUCCAUUAAAGAAUAGUGAAUACAUUGAAGGAAAAUAAAUAAUAUAUUAAUAAACA